AUGUUCGCAGUAUAUUUUCAUGGGCAGUAUAAAGGUUCUGAUGGUCUUAUAGACAAAUUUGACGAAAUGAGGAUCUUUACAGUUCGUUCAGACGAAAGUCUUGAGAAAACUCUAAAUGACUUUCAAACUCAAAUGAACAAAUACUAUUGGGAAUUUCAAGAAAAAUACGACUCUUUACUAAAUGGAACAUACUAUCUGAAACUAGAAUAUGACAAGAUGAACUCCACCGUUUCAUUUCAAAAGAUUGAAAUUAACCCUCCAAGAGAUACAGAGUUUUUAUUUUGGGGAGUAGACAAACGUUCUUGGGCACAAUUUCUUCGGUUACUAAACCAGAACGAACCAUUACCACCAGAUGGUCCAUUUAAAUUUAUACUUCCACCAGCAGAUUUGACAGUUUAUAGAAACGUGUUUGACCCUCAAAAUGUUAUGUGUCAUGCAAGUUUCAGUUCAAGCAACAAUAGUUUUCUAUGUAUCGGUAAGGACUUUUAUGACUUUGCUUCUAAAUUCUACGAACCACCUAGUAACAGUUUCUCUGACUUUCAAGUUUGGUUCACAACAAAUGGUGUGCAACAUAUUAUACCAUUGUACUAUGACUUUUAUCUCGAAUUGUCUUUCAUAUACAACUACGGAAAAGUGCUGAAAAAGUAUUGA